AUGAAGGCCAAGGCCCGAAGGCUGCUCGAGACACCCCCUACUACUCCCUUCUCCGAGGAGGCCCCAUCGGAUCCAACCCCGUGUACAGCAGUCCCACUAAACCAGCCAUUGACCAUGCCCUCAGCAGAGAUGUUUCAGACGUUCAUGAUGACGUCGAUGGAAAAUCAGGCUCUGACGAACCAGAUGAUUCAGACCAUGAUGUCUAAUCAGUCAACAGGGCAAGGGGGCAAGGAUUCAGGGACUAUGACUGUGGAGUCCCGCUACUUGAGAGAUUUCCAGAGGCAUAAACCGCCUUCCUUUGACGGAGGCAAGAUGGAUCCUAUUGCCGCUGAGAAUUGGCUAGAGGCCAUAGAAACGGCCUUCCAUUUUAUGAACUGCCCACCAAAGUAUGAAGUCCAUUGUGGGACAUAUAUGCUGAAAGAAGAAGCGCACUUCUGGUGGAAAGGUGCUCAGAAAACCAUAGUACCACAAGGAGAGUUUAUUACAUGGUGCCAGUUUAAAGACGCAUACCUCCACAAAUACUACCCAAUCACUGCCAGAGUGAAAAUGCAGGCCGCGUUCCUCGCAUUGAAACAGGGAGACAGAUCAGUGGGGGAUUAUGACUUGGAGUUCAAUAGGCUGGCAAGGUUUUCUCCAGCCUAUGUUAGUUCUGAGGAGUUGAAGGGCGAACGAUUUAUUGCUGGCCUGAGGGAAGAACUAAGGGGGAAUGUGGCAUCCCAGUCAUCCUUUGUCUAUACGAAAGCCCUUCAGGUGGCGACCCUGCUCGACUCGCCCCGUACCGACAAGCUUCAGUUGGGAAUAGCACAAUCAUCCCACACUGCGGCCCAGGGAAAGGGGGCAUACCCUAGCCACCCCAGAACUGGCAGACCACCCCGUGGCCGUACUGAUAGGCGAGGGAGAGCCCCGGUACGGAACAUGACUUUGUGCCCUAAUUGUCGGCGUCCUCACACGGGGGAAUGCAGAGCAGGAACAGGCGCCUGCUAUAGAUGCGGUCAGGUAGGGCACUUUGCAGUGGAUUGCCCUCAGAGAAACGAUCAGCGUGUCAACCUGCCUGCAGUACAGCAUCAGAGGGGCCAAGCCGGCCAACAUCAGCAGGGGCGAGCUGUAGCCCAUGCAACCACAGCCAGGCAAGCUGACCAGCCUGACGCGGUUGUCAUAGCUAGAGAAAGAACUUUUAGAGAUUACCCUAUCAGUGUCUACCCCUGCUCACGAGCUGUUGCUAGCUACCCAUAG